UUUUAUGUUCUUGAUCACGUGAUACGGCCUUUCCACAAAAUCAGCCAUCAUGGGUCGCAUGCACGCACCAGGCAAGGGUAUCUCCUCUUCGGCCUUACCUUACCGUCGAAGUGUACCAACAUGGUUGAAGCUAUCAUCAGAUGAUGUCAAAGAACAGAUUUACAAGCUGUCAAAGAAGGGUCUCUCCCCGUCACAGAUCGGUGUGAUCUUGCGUGACUCCCAUGGUGUUGCCCAAGUCCGUUUCGUCACCGGCAACAAGAUCUUGAGGAUCCUGAAGGCUAAAGGUCUGGCACCCAACCUCCCCGAGGAUCUCUACUGCCUCAUCAAGAAGGCUGUGGCUGUCCGCAAACAUCUGGAGAGAAAUCGCAAGGAUAGAGACUCCAAGUUCCGCCUCAUUCUCAUCGAGAGCAGAAUCCACAGACUGGCACGAUACUACAAGACCAAAAGAGUUCUGGCUCCUACCUGGAAAUAUGAGUCAGCCACUGCCUCUGCCCUGGUAGCGUAGGAGGGGAUGACAUGUGUUUCCUGGCUAAGAACGAUGGAGGUCCAAGAGAAAUCACAAAGUGCGUCAUUUUUAUGCAGUAUGACCGGUUAAAUUCACACAAAGAUGGAAACAAAAUUUAGGUAUUGACAUUCGUUUUAUUUGAGGAAAAACAAAAAUAAAAGGGGGAGACAAACUGUUAACCUUGACUGUGAAAA